AUGGCAGCCGCCCCGACCGUCGCCGCCGCCGUCGUCGCCUCGUACGUCGUCCUCGGCCGCUUCAUGCACAUCGAGCGGCUCGCCAAGAAGGCGCUGCCCGCGGCGCUCGCCGGCGUCCUCUACUAUCGCUACCGCGCGCACCUCACGGGCGACGCGCCAUCGAGCUUGCUGGCGCUGGCAUUGGACCUCGUUCCGCCAGCAUUGGCCUUUGUCGUUGGCGACGCCAUGGCGCUCCUCAUGCUUAUCUACGUCACGUAUUCCGUGCUGGACCGUCUCCGGAAGGCACGGUACGGCUUCUCCAAGAAGGAGGCGAUCAACAAGGUGGGGAACGCGGCGAUGGCCAUGUUGUCGUACAUUCCAUUCCUCCAAAAGAAGGUGCGCGCCGAGAUUGCCAAGAUCGAGGCCGACAUUGAGCACUCGCUCGCUGAGCAGAGCAAGUCCGCAGUCGACUUUCCCAAGCGAUUUGCGCUGCCCGAGAAGGGCCAAGCGUCGGCGGACGUGCUCGCGACCAUGGUGCGCAUGGUGCAAGGCGAGGACAAGCGCUGGCAAGACGGCCUCGUCUCGGGGGCCGUGUAUCACGGCGAAGACGAGCACAUUGCCCUUCUCAACCAAGCGUAUGGCCUCUUUGCCGUCACGAACCCGCUCCACGCCGACCUCUGGCCGUCGGUCGUGCGCUUCGAAGCCGAGGUCGUUGCGAUGACCGCCAGCCUUCUCAACGGCGGAUCCGCCGACGUCGUCGGGUCGCUCACGUCGGGCGGUACCGAGAGCAUUGUCCUGGCCACGAAAACGCACCGCGACUGGUUCCGGCACGACCAUGGCAUCACGCGGCCCGAGAUCAUUGCCGCCGUGACGGCCCACGCCGCGAUCGACAAGGCGUGUGACAUGUUCAACAUCAAGCUCAUCAAGGUGCCGGUGGACCCGAUCACGUACCGAAUCAAUCUCGACGCGGUGCGUUGGAACAUCUCGGCCAACACGAUCAUGCUGUAUGCGAGUGCACCCAACUUUCCGCAGGGCACCAUCGAUGACAUCGCCGGCCUCUCGCAGAUGGCGACGCAGUACGGCCUUGGCCUGCACGUCGACGCGUGCCUCGGUGGCUUUGUGCUGCCGUUCGCACGCAUGCUCGGCCACAAGCUGCCGCCGUUUGACUUUAGCCUGCCCGGCGUCACGAGCAUGUCGUGCGAUACGCAUAAGUACGGCUACGCGUCCAAAGGCACGUCGGUGGUCCUCUACAAGAACAAGGCGAUUCGCCGCUUUCAGUACUUUGCCUUCUCCGACUGGACGGGCGGUUUGUAUGCGACGCCGACGAUCGCGGGCAGUCGCCCGGGUGCGCUGAGUGCCGCCGCGUGGGCGUCCAUGGUCAAGAUGGGCAAGGAAGGCUACGUGGAGAAGACGCGGGGCAUCCUCGAAACCGUCGACAUCAUCAAGACGGGCAUUCAAGCGAUGGGCGACGCGCUCUUCAUCCUCGGCAACCCGCAGGCCAUGGUCGUCUGCUUUGGAAGCCACGUUCUCAACAUUCUCAAGGUCAGCGACCGCAUGUCCAAGGCGGGCUGGAGCCUCAACGCACUCCAGCACCCGACAAGCGUUCACAUUUGCGUCACUGUGCGCCACAUUGGGAAGGGCCACCAGUUUCUCUCGGCGCUCCGCGAGGCUGUACAAUUUGUCCUCGCCGACCCGGAAGGCAAGCUCAGCGGCGGCAGUGCCAUCUACGGCAUGGCGUCGACCAUGCCCGCGGGGCCUGUCGAAGACAUUCUGCGCAUCUACACGGACGCAACCCAGACCUUGUAGUGCACGAGUACACCUUGAUCAUUUUUAUAUCAAAACGUUUAUCGCAUUUCAAGAGACG